AGCCAUUUUGGCUCAAGGCAUUUUGGCUCGAGCCAUUUGGGCUCAAGCGAUUUGGGCUCAAGCAAACGUUUUGGGCUCUGCGGAGAGUGCAGUGGCCCUCGUCGCCCCGAACAUGCUCGACGAGCGCACACGGUUUAUCAUGUUCAAUGUUCCGCCGCUGGUUGCCGGAGUCAAAUUGGCCUGUUCAUCAUUGGGGAGGGACCCCUUGUCGCGAAGCUGCUUAGACUGUAAAGCAAUCGGUGCACAUAAAGCGGCUAUUCAUCACACCCGAGGGCCCGUUGCAUCGUCAAUUGAAUGAAAAGGCGCGCAGGCGGCUCACAGAGCAGGUAACUUGGGGAGGCCCGCGGAUCUUGCUAUGUAUCAUAUGUUAUAACAUAUGGCGCAUACUGGAGGACGAUAUUUCCGACCAGUCGCUUUUUUGUCAACGUGGCGAUCACUCUAUUCAUUGUUGCAGGUGUUCUCAAGCCACGUUGGAUCACCCCUACGGUCAUGACAGGGGCGCAGCUUAUUUAUGAUAUUGUCCUCAUCUGCAUUGCGACCACUGCUAACAAUAGCGACGCCUUUCUGAAAGCCGCCCCUUUUCGAAUUUGCCAGCGGCUCACGAUCUCCAUAGCUGAGGCGAAGCCCAGGAUGACUCUGUUUUUGUGUAUUGUGUACGUCGCCCUGACGCCAUGGUAUGACACGCAGGAGUCCAUUUCAUCGCUUUUCAUCUACGCCAUAACAGCCACCGUCACGCGGUCCCGCGAUGCUGAGUUCCUAGCAACGUUGGAGGCGAAGGCAUCGAGAAAUGUUGAGUCCACAGCCACUGGACUUCUUUCAAGUGUGUGCGACGCGGUGGUGCAUCUGUCGAAAGAUCUUCAGUUCUUGAAGCAGUCCAGUCACCUUGCCUCGCUACUUCUCAGAUAUCCCAUCGAUAUAGGAGUCGGCACCCCCGUUGUUGAUCUAGCUUUCGACGAUACUGAGGUAGAACGUCUGACUGAUUUUUUGAAACGGCCAGUGCCUAACACUAGCACUCUUCACGCGUCCUUCAAGGAUGCAUGGGGCAAGCCUGUAAAUGUUCAGCUGUUCCACGCCCGGGGAGUUGAUAUGGACGACGAGCCCAUCCACAUCGCUGGUGUGAAGGAUGAUUCGGACGAGCCUCGGGCGCCGCCCGAGGCUACGUUUCGCGACAAUACUGUGGCGCAACCUUUCACGCCUGGAGGUGUUGCAAGAAUCCCAGAGGAUGCGGUCAGCCUCUCAGGGAGCUCUUCUUCUGGUCUACUGACCGACGCCCCGAGUGGGGUACUGUCUGUUCACCUCGACCCAAAAGCGUUGGGCUUGCGCGUAUUAAAGUGCACCCCCGAGUUCACGAGUUCGGUUGGGCCUGUUUGCGAGGGCGUUGAGCUGAUGCAGUGGGUCAUUCAUGAUGCGGACUUUUUGAGCUGGGAACAGGGUGCGUUCCGUGCUCUGAUGGACGCUCAUAAAGACAGGGAUGGCGAGCAGGACAUCGAGUUGGACGUAGAUCCAUUCCCGAUCCGCCUCAAGCUGCCCCACAUGGGUCCAAGAAUUUCCGACGUGCAUGCGAACGCGAGCUUGAAGCUGCACGUCUCGGAGGCCGAGGGCGGCAGCGCGUCCCUCGAUCCACAGAUGCUGAUGAGUCUGGAUGAUGUCCGCUACGUUCCUCGAAGACAGAGGGUGUGAGGGUGCGGUGCGGCCGCGGAGUCCACCGAAAACCAUCUCGGUAUUAUGACCAGUGGUGCUCCUUUCUCACCCUCCCUCCAAGAAGCUUCGUAUGGUGAUGUGUUGUACGCCUGGGCCACUUGCUGCAUGCUUCAAUUUUCGUACCUCCGCCGCGCCAGUUCGUUCGUGCGUGCGGUUGCGAGCAUAACCACCCCUGGUUAGCCGCGCCAUGUAAUAGUGAGAGUUAUUUGCAACGGCAGUCGGCAAGCGAUUAUCGUAAUAAUUUACCACCGCCGUAGUCAUUUACCACCGCGCUUAGCAUUGUACACCUUGCCGUGCAUUUUUCCAGAACUGUACAGCUAUUUUCGGCGCUCCCCCGCUGCGAACUUAGAGGGCCGCGCUCAAGCGCGAACUCCAGCGUCCUGCUACGGUCUUGCGACCCUUUGAUUUAUGAGAUUGGAUUCUUAACCAUGGAAGAACAA